AUGACUAGAAAAUCGCCGUCGAUGCCAGGCUUCGCGCGCCUCUCGGACCAAGUCUUUGUGCGCUCCGGAGAUGCCGAAACCGGCGCCGACACGACGACCAACCCCGACAUUGUCGUCAUCUACGGCUGGGGCGACUGCCUGCCGCAGCACGUUGCCAAGUACGCCGACGGCUACCGCGCGGCGUUUCCGCGCGCGCAGCAGGUCGUCGUGCUGUCGCCGAUUGCAAAGGCCCUCUUCACGACCCGCGAGCAGCGCCGCGGCCACAUGACGCCCGUCGUGGAGCACCUGUUUGGGCCGCCGGGUCUCGACGCCGCCGGCGCCGCGGAGACGGCGGGGGCCACGAUUCUCGUGCACGCCAUGUCCAACACGGGCGCCGUCAACUUUGCCGCCACGCUCGACGCCUACGCCGCGCGCUUCGGCCGCCCCAUGCCGCACGCGCUCUUCGUCAUGGACUCGACCCCCGGCGCCACGGACCUCUCGUGGGCGAACCUGAAGCGCUGGUCGCGCGCCAUGGCCCUCGGCACCGCCAAGUGGUUCCCCUGGCCGUUUGCCGCGACCCAGUCCAUAUGGGCGCUGCUGUUCCUGCUGCACACGCUGUACCUGUGGCUGCGCCGCCGACAGCAUGCCGGCGCGUGGAGCCGCGUCGCGGCGCACCAGGAAGAGUUCGCGACGAGGGAGGCUCGUAGACUGUACAUGUACAGCAAGGACGACGAUCUUAUCGGGUACCGGGAGAUUGAGGAGCAUGCGGAGGAGUCCAAGAAGCUGGGCUAUGCCGUCGAUGUCAAGGAGUUCUUUGGCAGUGGCCAUGUCGGGCACAUGCGCUUGCAUCCUGACGAGUACUGGAAGGCUAUCCAGCAAUCUUGGGGGCGGACGACCGCUAGUGCAAACUCCAUCGGUGGGAAAUAG